AACAUGCAUGAUCAAUUAUUUCACUCACUUCCAAGUUUUCUCAAAAGGUUUCAAAGAAAAUAAUAUCAUCAAUCAAGAAUGGAGAUCAACAAUCAAGAAAAUGGUGGAAAGGGAGGAGGAGGAAGAAGAAGAGGAGGAGGAGCUGUUGGUCGAGGUCGACCGAGGCUCACCGGAUUACGAGGAAACUCUCCACCACCUUUUCUAGUGAAGACAUAUGAAAUGGUGGAUGAUCCUGAAACUGAUCCCUUAGUACAUUGGACUUCUAGCAAAACUACUUUUCUUAUCACUGAUCCUAACAAGUUUUGUGUUGAAGUUCUUCCAAAGUACUUCAAACAUAGCAAUUUAUCUAGCUUCAUUUACCAGCUCAACAACUAUCGUUUUAGGAAGGUCUGUUCUUACAAAUGUGAGUAUGGAAAUCCAUGGUUUCGGGCUGGGAAAAAGCACUGGCUGAAAAAUAUCAAAAGCAGGAUUCAACUAUCCAAGGAGAACAACCCACAGCAAGGUUCACAUAGUCCUCGUGUUGAUCUGGUGAACAAUAAUCUGGAAGAGGAGCUGGAGAAGUUGAGGAAUGAUCACAUUAGUCUGAGGGUAGAACUUCAGAAGUUGAAAGAUGGACAAGAAAACAUGAAAUCUUUCUUUCCUAUGUUGCUAGGAUGUGGUAAGGAAAAAGAAAUUAGGAAUAUUAUGAAGUUACUUCUCGAGAAAUCUGAAGUCAGAGGAGACUCUAGAAGCAAUGACACCACAAGGAGGCCACGAUUGGUGGAGUCACCAGAUCGUGUGGCUGGCUCUGUCCAGGAUGGGAUCGGACAGACAUCAAACUCUGCUGGUGGCUCCGUAAGUUCCAAUGAAAAACAGAAAGAAGAAGCAACUGCUCAAAAUGCUAAGAAUCGUGAGUUUUGGGAGAAACUGUUUGAAGAUGAUUCAGAGUCGAAAAAUGAAGGAGCAGAGGAAUCUGAGCAGGAGCUGAAUCGUUCGAGGGCUAUGGCAGAGAUCGAGGAGAUGGUGGAAAGCAAGAUUGCUAUGGAAGGAGAAGCUUUGAUUGCAAAGGCUGCUGCUAGUUUAAAUGAUGAGACGGAGGCUUAUCUUCAACUAUGGACCUAG